GUUUUGGCGGGCUGUGCGGAGCGCGCGGAUGCUGUAGUCUCGUUCCAUUAGAGAUGUUUAUCUCAGGGGGGUGUAAGUGACCCGAGGUGCUUGAGGCGUUUAUUCUCUGUAGCCUGUGGUGUGGAAUACCACAGUGAUUUCUAAUUCGUUUCACGAGUGUCGUCAAGGUCUUUCGUGAAACCAAUCAACUAACUGACAUCGGUUGACCAAAGAAUUCUUACGGUUGCCUGCUUUUGAAAGAUAAAUUCAAAAAUCAAAAACCAUGCCUUCUUGUAUAAUAAAGGGUUGUAGAAACACCCGGAGGGACAAAGGGAAAAAUAUAAUAAUGCAUGUUUUUCCUAAAGAUCGUGGGAUUAUCCGUAAAUGGAUUGAACAGGCACCGGAUCAUUUUCCCAAUAUUGAAGAAUGGGUAGAAAAAAUAUUUGACUCAAAAAAAAUCCAUGACAAUUACCGAUUGUGCUCUAAACACUUUGAUUUUUAUGCUUACGAAGAAGGUGUUUUACAGAAAAAAUUACGUCGAAACGCGAUUCCAACCAUUUUUCCACCAAUACCUGACAGUACCAGUUCUUCAGAGACAUAUGCAGGGACAGUAGAAGAAAGGCAGUCUAGCUCUGAAUCAUUCACGAGUUCAGUCUCACGAUCAUCUACGCCUUCUGCAAAUAUUUCUGGUACUCAAGAUGAAGCUUUAACAGUGCCCAUCUUACAGACUAUGCCAUCUGUGAAAAGGAGGCCUAAGAAAAGAAAGGUGUCUAAUAUGCCUCCAAUUCAAGUUAGUUCAGAUGCAGGAACAUCUACAGGUAACAUGAUAUUUACCAGCGAAAUGAAUUUGCUGGGAAGCACUAUACCAUUGAAUCUUCCGUUGACAGCUACUGUAACUGAUAUGGAUGUACAAAUUGCUCCUCCCCGUCAACCCCAAAAAAUGGACAAAUCGACCAAUACAGAUUUGUAUUGGUCCAAAUAUUAUACAUUUGUUUUGGAUACAAGUUUGGUGAAAAAAGCCAAUAUCGGUAUACAAACUAAAAAAAUAAUUCGACGGCAACGAGGAACACAGUGCCGUUUAUUGUUGGACACGAUCAAAUUUCGAAAGGCACCCGUCUCUUUAUUGAGUAAGAGAAUAAAAAUACCAGAAAACAAAAAGACAGCAGAAAUUGAUAAACCUGACUUGGAGGAAACUGAAUGUUCUGAAAAUGAGGACAGCGAACUCAGUAUAUUAGAAAAGGUCAAAGUCAAACCAAUCAGACACUAGCAAUAAUGAAUCCCUCCCUGAAUCCAUAGACCAAUCGCCUGGUAUUUUAUCUUCGACACCAUUGUGUGCUGCAAAAAAUUCAAAGAGAUUAGAAAUCACUAAUUUGUCACCUUUCAAAAAACCGAAUACCAGACUUUGUAAUAAAAUUCAGCUGGUAAAAGAACAGGAUAUUGCGCUAGAAGCAGAAGAGGACCCACAGUUUUCUUUGGGUGAACAUUCGGAGUCAGAAGGAGAGGAGGAUGAAGAUUUAUCAGCCUAUAUUGAUGACUUGGAUGAUGAGUUAAUUAAUAAAUAUAAUAAGUUGAACAAGUAUUAAAAAAUAAUUAAAAUCCCUUUAUUUGUAUCUUUCAUGAAUGUACCGUAAUUUUGGAGAAAUAAAAACCAAAG